UGGAAUGUAAACAUGAAUUUGUCUGCAACACAUCCUCUGAUGCUCUUUUUGAUAGGUGUCAUCUUUGUAAAACAAGCAUCUUUAACUUUUGUGAAAACUGUCAACAUUGGGACGACUGUCACUCUUUUGUGUUCAAACAUCUUGAAAGAGCCCAGCUACAUAGCCUGGUUCAAGAAGACAAAUGAUUCUCUCCCGCUUUGCCUUGCUACUCAAUAUGUGAGUGAAAAACCAGCAGACUCCAUAUAUUUGAAUGGCUUUAAGAAGAAUCACGUAGAGAUGUCAGUGAACAGAACAUUUUCUUCCUUGAAGAUUGUAAAUGUGGACAUCUCUGACUCUGGAAUAUUUUACUGUGGAAGCUUUUUGACAAACCACAUGAUGUUUCACAACGAAACACAGUUAGUGGUAGUAAAUGAGACUAAUCAUUCUGAAGAGUAUAUUGCAACCGUGGAUUGUGGGGUGGCUGAAGAAAGUUUGAGAUCCUGCCAUGUCUAUUAUACCCUGACACUGAUCUUAAGUGGCUUGGUUUUGCUUUCCACUGUUUUAGCGAUUGUAAUUUUCAUCAGGUUGAAGAAAAGAAACAAGCAGAAAGGAGAUGCCCAGCGCCAUGAAAACAGUGUCGAGAUGAACCAACAGUUGGAGCAGGCACAAGAUGCAGACGUGAACUAUGCAGCUCUAAGUUUAAACAAAAAGAAGAACAGAAGACCAGUAAGAAGAUUGCAAGAUGUGGAGCCUAAUGUAGUUUAUGCUGCCACACGGUGAUCCACAGAUCAUCAGACCCUAUGUAACAAAACACAAGUGAAACACUGCUUAUGCUAAACCACACAUCACUGUUAAUUGCAUUGUAUUGCGCUGGUGUUAGAUCCAGUCUUACUAGACUUUUCUCCGUCCUGAUAAAUUCAGUUGAUUUUUGAAAUGGAUACAUUUUUAUUCAUGAAUUCGUGUUUUCAUAAUUCUAACAUAUUUAAAACAUUAAUUUAAUCAAGUAUUUCAACAAUUGUAAAUCCUGUUUAAAUGCAUUUAUGGCACCUCUACAACAUUAAAC